CCUGGGGCUGACCCACAACCACGGCUGCGGACAGUCUAGCCUGGGAGAUGCAAGGGUAGAGACAGGACGUUCUGGCUUCGGGGUCAUCCCAAGACCUUCAACUGGCCUUCACAAGACUGAGGAUGGAUGGCUGGCUGAAAAAGGGAGAGAAAUUUAAAAAGGGAAAUAAAGUAGGACUGACCAAUACAUCUUUUCCUCCCAGUGCAAGCCUUUGAAAUGCUCCCAAGAAGUAUUUUGUUAGAAAUGCAAGCCUCAGCAUCAGGAUUACUGCAAGGUCUGGCUGCUGAUCUCCCGUCACCGAAGUAGUGUUUGGUUUGUAGGCAGUGUAGUUAGCUGAUUGUGUCAGUCCCUUGGCAAUCACUAACUUCACUGCCAUCAAAACAAGGCACAGAAUUCCUUGCUUUCCGGUUCCAGCGUGGUGACUUCCUGGUGCCCGACUUGAAAUGGGCAUUUGUGGGGGUUUUUGCCACUUAAUUUUCUGAAAUGUCCAUUGUCCAGCAAAGGAUGGAAAAAUUCCCAUUGGUUUCAAUGGAGCAAAGAUGUCACUCGUGUUCAGUGUUUUUGGCUCGAUGAAAAUGCUUCGGACAUACUUCAGGUCCUUUGUGCUCUCAGCCUGGGCCAAGGACCAUCCUAAGAGCAAAGAAUUCGAGUCCGGUUCAUUUGACCUUAAAGAUUGUCUUGAAGCCCUGAACAUUUGUGCUGGAUUCCUUUUGUGCAGUUUCUUUUUCUUUGUGUGUUAACAGGAAGAUUGUUUCCAUGCAGGCAUUGGUUCUUAUUUAAUAAACUAAAAAAUAUUAAAGGAUAUACAUACUCUUCUUGAAUACACUUUAAAAAAAAAAAAGUGUAGGUGCCUUUACCACCUUAGCAAUGUGCCAUCCGAUCUACUUUGCUGAACUUCUAAGGAUUAAUAAGGAGGAAAGCUCAGCUCAGCUUCCUAGUACUACCUGGUGCCAUAUUUUAAUUACAAGACCCACUCUUAGUUAAAAAAACAAUUACAAAAUGUGGGAACAGAGCUAUCUUGUACCUCAGCCUAGUUGCUAGGCAGUGUAGUUAGCUGAUUGCAAAAGGCAACAAUCACUAACCACACAGCCAGGUAAAAAGGUCUGUCUUGCACCUAGCUAGCUGGAAGCCGGAAAUACGGAAGGGAUUUAGCCGCACAGAUGGCAGCUUGACCAGCGUCGCAGUGCAUGGCCAGAGCGGAGCCAACAGCGCAGACUGGAUUUGCCUCUAACCACGCACAUGCGGUCAGUCUCCCCGUCAAGCCAACGUGGCGCAGCUGUUUCAUCGCUCCCAAAAGGGAGGCACGUGCUUGCAUCUGAAGACGCGUUGCAGCAUUUGGCUGCAGAAAGAAAACACAAAACAGAAGGCAGCGCGUCUGCUGGUGUACAGUCCCGUACGGUCCGAUUCUGAUCUCGCUGCUACCUCGCACCUCUUCCACUUCGCGAGCGUUGCUCCCCAUUUACACCUGCUGCAGAGACACUGGAAUCCAGCUUGAAAUCCUUUCAGGGGAAUGGCUGUUGUUAUGUACUGUUUGCGUUACCUAGGACCAGGCUUGCUUUGUGCUAGGCGCUGCCUGAAAAUAAAUCACAAGGACAGUCCCCGCCACAAAGAGCUUACAAUCAAGCAUGUGAAUCGCCUCGCAGGCUUUUGUUCUCUAUUGAGGGGCUUUCAUGGAAGGAUGGUAGCAAAACUUGCAAGCUCACCACGGGCAUGCAGUGCUGAGCUCUACUCCCAGGACAGGGCAGGACCUCCCAGGUCCUAUGAAGCCUGUUGUCUGCUUGCACCCCUACCCGAUGUUAAAUAUAAAUACACCUGCCGGUAUGAGAUUGCUAGCCCAAGUCUGUUGUUCUCCCCCUGGUCUUUCGGUAACUAGUGAAUUCGAUUCUCCCCUUCCCUUUGUAUGACGUUGUUUCACUUGCCUCGAGCCGUGUGUGAGAGUUGUAUAUAAUAAAAUUGCUCCUCUCAAAUUCAAAGCUAUAUGAAAAUGUUUCUGCUUGUAUUUGAAGCAGAUGGACUGAUGGAAAGCAACUUUCCAAAAGGAAAGAAAGAAGAAGCCCAAUAAAAGCCACAUGAAAUAAUUUUUCCGUGGAAGCAAUAACCUGGUGUAGGCUAGAUAGAUAGCCGUGCUGCUGUUCCAGAGAAGCACCGAAAUGAGAGCCAGGAGCCCCGGGGCCUGAUUUCCAUGUCUGCUCUGGGCCAGAUGUGACAUUCCUCACUCAGCUAAACCUCGUGCUGACUUCAAUGAGCCUUUGGCUCCUUUGCUGCUUCAAGGAAGCCUGACACUUCAUCAGAAACCUGGAUUUUUAUUUUAUAAUCCCCCAAUGUGAUACAGGUUUGCUGCUGCUGCCGACAUGUAGUUCAGCUAAGUGUCAGCUUUGUGAGGAGCUGGCUGGCUAAUGGGGUUGGUAAUGCACAUGGAGCAUCUCGGCUGUAGUUCACUGGUUUAAAUCAGACUCCUGUACUGGCGGCCGCGGAAAGCUGAGAGUAGCUGCUGGCUCUGCAACACCCAAGUGAGGUGUAAAGUUGCGCUUCCAGCGGCAAUACAUGAAUUCCCCCGCAUUACACGUGGCAGAAACCUGUGCUCCCACAUGGCGUGUGGAUCCUCACCCUCAGGGCUUGUCUAUGCUGGCUUUGUAGCCAGCCUGGCAGUGCUGACGGGAAGCGCGACCUGCCUACUCGCUCUUGCCAAGUCUGCAGAACAAGGCAUGGCAGCUGCUUUUGAACGGAGCCCAGUGUGCACCCACAGCCAUAGUCAGACUGCUUGGGCAGGCUCCUGGGCACAGACUCAGGAUCACUCGUUGCCCAAUUUGGGAUGAGGUGUGUGUGCAUCAGGCAGAGCAAGUGUUUUUGUGCUGCUCGGAGGCUGUGGCAAUCCCUCCAUUCGAGGAUGAUUUCUACCACGGCUCGUUGAUGGGUCUUGAGUUGAUUGUGGGGAUCAACGAGAGCAACUCCACGCAGCGAUCCCUGGUAACAUCUCUGGCGGCCAAGAGCUACCGAACUGACCAAAACGCCAAAAGAGGGAGGAAGGCGGUUGCCCCGGCGCCCCGGUACGAGCUGGAACAAAUCCCCCUGGAAGCCCAGAAGGCCCAGAAAGCUGAAGAAAAAGAAAAGUAUCUUCAGAAGGCCAAGAGAAGAGAUGAAAUACUAGCUCUGCUGAGGAAGCAACGAGAAGAACGGAUCACGAAAGAAUUGUUUGCUCAUCUACAUAAACCAAAGACCCGAGCAGGCCAGGAAAGGGCAAUGGCAUCUGAUUCUGAUGUUAAUGAUCAAGAAACAGUAAAGGCUCUUGUUUAGUUCAGCUAAAUUGACUGACUGGAAGAAAAAAAGAAUUUGUCUCUUUGCUUCAGAAAGAAUAUCCUUCUGACAGGCCAGUUCUGCUUUGACUUUUAGCCAUGUGAAUUCCUACUUUGAUUACAUUUCGAGUUCUUCCUACUGAGACGUGCACAGCUCUGCCAAAAGCUACAGAUGGAGUUCGAGCAACUCUUCAGUGCCUCCAUAAAUUUCUUUUGUACUUUGUUUUGUAAAAAGUCAAAGCUAUAAACAUUUAGUCCAAAUAAAUUAGUUGUAAGAGCAAACA